AAGUUACUUUCCUCUUUCUCAUAGGUGCCAUGGCCUCGAGAAGCCGGGUAAAAGAUCUCCAAGAGGCUGUUAUCUGUUCCAUUUGUCUGGCUUCUUUUAACAAUCCAGUGAUUCUCAUCAAGUGUGGGCACAAUUUCUGCCGAUCCUGCAUCACUCAGUACUGCAAGGACUCCAAUGUCUCCCCCCGGUAUUCCUGCCCUCAGUGCAGAGAACCGUUCCGGGAAGGGGAAUUCCAGCGUAACCGGGAGCUGAGGAAUGUAGUUGAAAUAACCAAAAAAUUCCCAGACCUAAGAGGGAAGAAAGUGUGUGAAAAACACGAGGAGCUUUUGAAACUCUUCUGUGAAGUGGAUCAAACCCCCAUCUGUGUGGUGUGCAGAGAGUCCCGCAGUCACAAAGACCACGCCGUGCUUCCUCUCGAUGAGGCUGCUGUGGAUUACCAGGAACAAAUUCGGAGCCGUUUGGAGAGUUUGAAAAAAGAGAGAGACGAGAUUCUGUCGUAUAAAUCGAGUGGGGAAAAUACAAGCCAGGAACUGCUGAAACAGCUGGCAACUGAGAGGCAGAAGAUUGUGGCUGAAUUUCAGCGACUGCGUCAGUUUCUGGAGGAACAAGAGCGACUCCUGCUGGCCCAGUUGGAAGAGCUGAAUAAGGAAAUUGAAAAGAGGAGGGAUGAGUAUGUUGUCAAAGUAUCUGAGGAACUAUCCUCUUUCAGUUCCCUGAUCAGUGAGAUGGAGCAGAAGUGCCAGCAGCCAGCAUGUGACUUCCUGCAGGACAUCAAAGGCACCUUGAGCAGAUGUGAGAGGGAGAAGUUUCAGAACCCAGUGGCCUUUUCUUCUGAACUGAAAUGGAGAAUCUGGGAAUCUUCUCAAAGAAAUGCAUCUCUGGAGACCAUAAUGAAGAAAUUCAAAGACUCUCUGUCGUCUGGACAGCACUUGAACAAAGCGAACGUGACCCUUGAUCCAGACACGGCCAAUCACCGACUCACUGUGUCUGCGGAUCGGAGAAGUGUGAGAUGGGGGGAGACAGAGAAGGAUCUGCCCGAGAACCCUGAGAGAUUUGACGCUGAUUUCUGUGUGAUGGGCUGUGAGGGAUUCACUUCGGGCAGACAUACCUGGGAGGUGGAGGUGGAGGGGUGGGGAUUCUGUUUUGUGGGGGUGGCCCGAGAGUCUGUGAGCAGGAAGGGAGAGAUCAGCUUUAACCCUGAGCAGGGGAUCUGGGCUGUGUCGUGCAGUGAGGAUCAGUACUGGGCUCUCACGUCCCCUGAGCAGCGCAUCCCCUUGUCCCCGAGCUGGGCACCCCCCAGGAUCCAGGUUCAUCUGGACUAUGAACGGGGGAAGGUGGCGUUUUUCGAUGCUGGUACCGGGGACCCGAUAUUCACUUUCCCGCCGGCCUCUUUCGCUGGGGAGAGAAUCCGCCCGUUCUUCUGUGUUGUUGGUGUUAGUAUGCGGCUCACCCUGUGUCCCUGAGGUUCCCUGUCUGUUCCCAUGAAUCAGGCUCCUCUAGCCCCCACUCCCCUGAUCUCUAUGACCUGGAGGACUCAGCCAGUCUUCACGCCUCCCCCCCCCCCACCACGGCACAGACAGUGCUGAGGUGGGGUGAAGCUCUGCCCGUAUCUCUGGCUGUGGAGGUCUCUGUGAGGUGCUGUAGACUGGGUCUCUAUGCUCCUAGGAGGACAACUCUGUGUGGAGUGGGGGGGGUCCCACCAAGGAAGGAGGGAGCCCCCCUAUGGGAGAGGGACGCAGCCAAUGGCCAGGGAGAGACCCCUCAACUGGGGGAGAGCAGGGGGGAGGCCUGGCUGAAGGGGCUGGGGGGAGGGGAGAGC